AACCACUCCACUUACCAAUUGUUUAUUUAAGGGUUAAUACAAAUCUGAGCAGUAUAAAUAAGUCAAAUACCUUCCAACCAUUUCUUCAUUCACAGCCUUCAGAGUUCAGACAUACACCCUUCUUUUCAUCAAUGGAUUCCUUAAAACUCUUUGUCUCACUACUUGUUCUUCAAGCUUUUCUUAAUCCACUUUUUUCGGCACAAGCAGCACCUAAUGAAGUUUUCAGAGAGUAUAUAGGAGCAGAGUUCAAUAAUGUCAAGUUCACAGAUGUACCAAUUCAUCCAGAUGUUGAAUUCCAUUUCAUCCUUUCCUUUGCCAUCGAUUACACCACUUCAUCUUCUGCUUCCCCUACUAAUGGAAAUUUCAAUGUUUUCUGGGACUCUGACAACCUCAGUCCCUCUCAAGUCUCUUCCAUCAAGAACACACACUCAAAUGUCAGGGUAGCAGUGAGUUUAGGAGGGGACAGUGUCGGUGAUGGAUCUGCAUAUUUCAACCCUUCUUCAGUUGAAUCAUGGGUUCACAAUGCUGUUUCUUCACUCACUGGUAUCAUCAAUAAGUAUAACUUGGAUGGAAUUGAUAUUGACUAUGAACACUUUAGUUCUGAUCCUGAUACAUUUGCAGAGUGCAUCGGACAGCUUUUGACUACCCUAAAAGGAAACGGGAUCAUCUCUUUUGCUUCUAUAGCUCCUUUUGAUGAUGAUCAAGUUCAGAGCCAUUAUCAAGCUCUGUGGAGUAAAUAUGGUCAUCUACUAGACUAUGUGAACUUCCAAUUCUAUGCUUAUGAUCAAGGAACAAGUGUGUCUCAGUUUUUGGACUACUUCCAAACUCAAACCUCAAACUACAAUGGGGGUAAGAUCUUACCUAGCUUUGGCACCGACGGUUCAGGUGGUUUAUCUCCAGAAAAUGGCUUUUUUACUGCUUGCAGUAAGCUCAGAAGUCAAGAAAAACUUCACGGUAUCUUCAUUUGGUCUGCAGAUGACUCAAAAAAGAAUGGGUUUCGUUAUGAAAAACGAUCACAGGCAAUGUUAGCUGGUUCACGAUAAGUUUGUUCAUGUUAAGAGCUUCUUAUCUUCUACUUAGUAAAUCUAAUCUUGUAUGGUGUUUUAUGUGACUAUGUGAUAUAUAUGAUACUGUACUUGUGAA